ACCAACAUCUCGUCUCCUCCCAAGAUCUCCCAUUUUCCAGCUAGUGACAGGAAAGAUCUUGACAAGCUGCAAAACUUCCACCAGAAGACCAACUUUACACAGAAACCAUGCCGUCCGGGAAGAAGCUGGUGCAUUUCUUGUCAAGUGCUGGUUUGUGUGCUGCUGGAGUGGUUGUAUUGGGUUACGGGAUGUCGGCGGAUUGGGCCAAUGCCGUCUUGGAGUGCGCUCCGACCGGAAGCGACAAUUUCGCUGGAAACUCCAGUCUCGAAACUGGCCUUUUCAAUGGCACAGAAACCAAACUCCAAUGCCCCAGGAUCGACUCGCCUGGAGCAAAAGUGGCUGUGUUCAAUCGCCUGGCGAAAAAUGCAGGCGCUCCGGUCAUCCUGCACGCUCUGGUCGUCAUCCUGCUGGCGCUGGCUCUUUUGGGUUCUGCAGGCAGUAUUCUGGUCACACUGUACAACAGCUUUAGUAACCCAUACCAGACCUACAUGGGCCCAAUAGGACUAUACACAUGCAGUGGACUCAGUGUGUGUGUGGCCUUCCUGGCGCUGAUUCUGUACGUGUCAAACAUCUACGCGGGUGAGAUGUUCCAGACGCUGGUGAAAGCAGUCGAACCCAACGUAAAGUUGAGGAAUCCCAAAAUUACCCUACAGGUGGGGUUCUUCCUCCUGAUACCGUACAUCUGCUUUAACCUGCUGGCCAUCCUCGUGGUCUUUCUGUACGUCCACGCCGCGUACACACGCCGCAAAGAGCAGGAGAAACCAACGGAGGAUGCGCCCAAAGAGAUCAUGAUGUACUAAAACGAAAACACAACAACAUGUUUAACAGGCGAUGAUUUUCAGACAGGAGCUGAACUGAGUCCAUUAGCUACUGCCACAGUAACUGUGAAGUGAAUUGCAAACUGAACUAAAAAAAACAUUGUAUUAGUCAUAGGCUAUACAUACGAACUAGAGCCCAAAAAGUAUUUGAACUCGUAAAUCCCACUUAAAAUGGCAUUGCAUUAAAUAAAAGUAUCUCUUUUUGUGUUUGUUUUGUUAGCUAUUUUGCUUGUGCUGUUUCUUUAAGAUAUUUUAUCUAAUGCACAUUUUAGGUAUGAUUUCAAAAAUGGGCUGCUGAAAAUAUUUUAUUGCACUUUUGCCAUCAAAAUAUUGUAAAAACAUUUUGAAAAUGUCAUUUGUCUAGCUUUUCUACCAAGAAGCUAAAAAUCAUGUGCAUGACGUGUAAGAAAACUGUUUAAAUUGACUCCUGUCAGUUCCUCUAGACUUUAAACCAAUUUAACACUUUCCUUUUGCAUAUUUUAUUUCAGAAAUGUUAAAAUAUUUAGUUCUUAUACUAUUUAUCUGCUUAUGCAUCAAAUAUCAUCAUGAGAAAAAUUGUCUCAUUGGCUGUUUUUUAUGACAAACUGUCAAUUUAUUACAAUUCUGCUGUUUCAUACAUUAUUCAAAUAAUCUGUAAAUAUUACUGUAACUAUUUCAUACAAUAAUAAAUCUUUUUAGAGUGAUGAGGA